UGCUGAUGCUAGAGAAGACACCACAAUAGAAGCUUCUUCCACGAAGAAAAUUGGACGCACUAGCUCAGAUGAAGAAAGUGUGGUGACUGGAGCCGAGCAAGCAGCUGACAGCAAGGAGAUGCCCCAUGAGAAGGCGUCCAAUACGUCAGAGGCUUCUGAACAAGAUAACAAAGAGUUCACAUUUCCUCAGGUUACAGGACAUGCUGAAUCUGCUGACUGUUCGAGUUCUCCAACUUUUGGUAAACCGUGCAAAGUCGAGGGCGCUUCCAUUAGUGAAAAUGGCUCUCACACUCAGAUUCCGGCGGCGUGUGAUCCAUCUGAAAAGGCUGAGAUCAGAGUUGUGGUGCCAGAUAAUCUGCCAACGACGAAGAGUUUGGUCAGGCAACAAACUGCUCCAACAGUUGUGAGGCAUAACCCAUGGGAAUCGGCACUUUUUCCGUAUGAGCGUUUCGUCAAGCUCUACAACUUUGACAAGGUGGAAUUGCGUCCUUUUGGUCUUUGUAACCUUGGGAACAGUUGCUAUGCAAAUGUCGUGCUUCAGUGUUUGGCCUUUACUCGGCCACUUACAGCAUACUUUCUCGAGGGGCUUCAUUCAAAACACUGUUCCCAAAAGGAAUGGUGCUUCUUGUGCGAGUUUCAAAAACUAAUUGUGGAGGGUAAGCGAGGACAGUCUCAAUUAUCACCUACCGGCAUACUCUCACAUUUGUCUGACAUCGGAAGCAGCUUUGGUCCGGGCAAAGAGGAAGACGCUCAUGAGUUUCUCAGGUACGCAAUUGACACUAUGCAAUCUGCUAGCAUGAAGGAAGCCAACGCAAAUGGUGCCCAUAAGUUAGCUAAAGAAACGACACUGAUUCAGCUAAUGUUCGGAGGCUAUCUACGAUCUAAGAUAAAAUGCACAAAGUGUGGGGUCAGUUCAGAACAUUGCGAACGUAUGCUGGAUCUUACUGUGGAAAUAGAUGGGGAUAUCAGUACUCUUGAAGAAGCACUUCAUCGAUUUACAUCUACAGAAGUCUUAGAUGGCGAUAAUAGAUACCAUUGUAUCAGAUGCAACUCAUAUGAACGUGGCAAAAAGAAGUUGACAAUAUCAGAAGCACCAAAUAUCCUGACUAUUGCACUGAAAAGAUAUCAGUCUGGUAUGUUUGGCAAGAUUAACAAGGCCAUCAGGUUCCCGGAAUACUUGAAUUUGUCUAGCUACAUGAGUACAACAGAUGAUUGUUCCCCUGUGUACAGGCUCUAUGCGGUGGUUGUCCAUCGUGAUGUUAUGAAUUCAUCCAUUUCUGGUCAUUAUAUAUGUUAUGUCAAGGACUCACAGGGGAAAUGGUACGAAAUGGAUGAUAGCCAGGUGAAACAUGUUUCUCUGAAAAAUGUCCGGUCGGAGUGUGCGUAUAUGCUGCUUUAUGCAAGGUGUUCACCACGGGCUCCAAGGUCUUUAAGGAAAUUGAUUAUUGCUCAAGGCCUAUCACACACAAGAAAAGCUAGGCAGACACCAGGUCCAGCAUCAACUUGUUUGGAAGGCCGGAGUCAUUCUAGCAGGCACCAAGGUACGCAAUCGCAGUCAUGCAGGGAUCAUGUAAUGAAUGGCCACACCUACAAGCUGGUUACAUCUGAUGGCUCAUCAAAUCCAGUAUUAGAGCCCACAAGUACAAGCGAGGGUUCUUCGCUGUUCAGCAGUUCUGAUGUAGGGUCAAGCGGCAAUUUAAGCAGCGAUAACACUGACAGCGCAAAGAACCCAGGAAGCUCGGAUCAAAUGCACCCAGUCAGCACAGUGGUGAUGCCUGAGGAGCAUUCGCGGCAGAUGUCCAGCUUGAACCCUAGCUCUUCAACCCAGUAUGCUGAUCAAGGUGAGGUUGACAGGCUGCACCAGCUCAAGCAUCAGACAAGCAAAGGGGCUUGGGAUGAGGGUUGUGAGGCCCCAUCCUUCUUCUAUGUUGACCAAGGUGGCCUGUAUGGAUAUCAGGACCCAGGAUACAGUGCGCAUCCCAUUUAGCCCAGAAGACAGGAGUAUAGAUCUAACGUCUUGGGGUGGGAAGGUCACCGACGAACCAUCAAGAGCUUCAAACAGGAGUUUUGUGAACUUCAUUCAAGGGCAUCUCCAUUUCGAAAGAUCAAGCUUCUUCCAUAACAGGACAUCUCCAUUUCUGAUUGGUACUCCUCCACCAAGUUUUUCGCUAGGUGGAGUAACCUAGAACUAUACAUAUACAAUUUUUGUUGUUGUUAUGACUUGUGAGAGAAACCUAACAAUGGU